AUGGACGAUUCAGCUGAAUUCUCUUCACAGAUAGUCGAGGAAGAAGAUUUCUUUUUUGAUGAAGAAGACGAGGAUUUUGAGCAGGAACCGCUGGACCAACAAGAGGAAAGCAACCAGGUGGCAUUGGAUGUCAGGCAUCCUGAACCUGAGGACGAGCAAAAGUCUUUUAAAAAUCUGCUUGCUGGACCCUCCACAAAUAAGGCUGGCUUGGGCAGUGUAGACAAGGAAAAGGUCAAUGCAGUGAUUUACGAGCUUUCCAAGGGAUCAAAAUUCUUUGAGCGAGAAAAGAAGCGAGAUGAAGCAGUAACACAACGCAUCAAUGCCAUUCUGGCCAAAUAUGAGCUGAUCAAGGACAAGGACCUGUCAUUUGAACAACGUAUUGUGGACAACAUGAUUCGAGACUUAGAGGACACCAGAGACUUGACACAAUGUAUCUGCCACAUGGAUAUGGAUGCCUUUUAUGCAUCUGUGGAGGAACUGGAGGACCCAAGCUUGAAAGAGGUGCCUAUGGCUGUAGGCGGCAUGGCUAUGUUAUGUACCAGCAACUACCUUGCUCGACAGUACGGUGUUCGCAGUGCCAUGCCUGGCUUCAUUGCUCGCAAACUAUGUCCAGAGCUCGUCUUGAUCCCACUGCAUUUUCCCAAAUACAGAGAAGCAUCCAACAAAGUGAGGGCUGUAUUCCAGAAGUAUGAUCCGAACUUUGUGCCCAUGAGCUUGGAUGAGGCUUAUUUGAACUUGACAGAGUACCUCAAAACAACAGACUUGACACCCGUUCAAUUAGUAGAACAAAUUCGUAGCGAAAUUUUUGAAGCAACUCAAUUAACAGCAAGUGCAGGCAUCGCUUGUAACAAGACAUUGGCCAAAGUGUGCAGCGACAUCAACAAGCCUAACGGCCAAUACUAUUUACCCAUCGACAGAGCAUCCAUUGUCAAAUUCGUCAAGGAUUUGCGCGUGCGACAGAUUCCUGGUGUAGGCAGAGUUACUGAGCGUGUGCUGGAUGCACUCGGUGUCAGAACUUGCGGUGACAUUUACUCUCGCAGCGCCGUAUUAUACAAACUGCUGAGUCCCAUCAGCUUCCAAUUUAUGCUCAAAAGCUAUCUUGGUAUUGGUAGCACCACAUUCAACACAGACCACGAUAGAAAGAGCAUGAGCACAGAGCGCACAUUUGGCGCCAUGUCAGAUCCAGAAGAGCUGUUUAAAAAGGUCAAGGAGCUGUCCAUCAUGCUGGAACAAGAUCUAGAAAAAACAGGCUACAUGGGUCGCAAUGUGGGCAUCAAACUCAAGGCUGUCACGUAUGAAUCUCGCAUCCGGUCAAAGACAUUUCCCAGCUACAUAUGGAAAGCAAAAGACAUUGAGAGAAUUGCGAAAGAGCUAUUGAUCAAGGAACUCCCGAUCAACAUACGACUGAUGGGAAUUCGUAUAUCCAUCAUGAAACCUCGAGGCAGUGAAGAUGAGAGUGUCAUGAAGUAUUUUACCAAAGUUCCGCUUCCCGAAUACCAAGAGCAACAGCAACGAUUGAAUCAGCAGCAAGCACAGCAAGAAGAUACCCUUAAUGCACUUGUGUGCCCUAUCUGUAAUCGACCAUUGAAACUGGAUAAUGCCCAAUUCAAUCGACAUGUAGAUGAGUGUCUUAGUAAAGUGGAGGUAAGGGCUAUCUUGCAAGAGGAAAAGUCCGAGAGCAGCAGUAACUCGAGUAAUGCGAGCAAUGAUGGGGGCCCUGUUUCCAAGCGUCUGAAAAGAUCAAAUGGAACCAAACAUGGUAAAUCCUUGUUGGAUUACUAUUUUCCAUCCUAA